AACACCUUUUCACGCAACAUUUCUAAAAUCCGAUAACGCAAAACCCAGUCUCUGCCUUCUCCUUCCUCAGUCAAAACCCACCAUACCCACAAACCAACAGAAACCCACUAUACCCACAAACCAGCAGAGAUCUCCUUCCUCAGCACCAGCACCACCCACAACAACCGCAAACUCUCUGGAUCGAAGAAGAGCCUUUCUCUUUCUCACAGUGUAUCUGAGUUCCUUCCUUCUGUCUUCCUCGCCUAUCUAAGUUCCUUCCUCUCCUCACAGAACGAGACUGCUUCGGUUGAGUUUUGCAAGGCAGGAAAGUUAUGAUGGGGGAGCUUUAGUUGUAGUGCCUGAUAGAAGAAUGAAGCAAUCCAAGAGAGAUCCUUUGGGAUACAAUGUAGAGUCAUAUUGUGCAACUGUUACAAUGUUGCUUGGGAAGAUACAAAUUCUCACCAAAACUAAAUGGAAUUAUAGAUUCUCACCAACAUGUCUAACAUUUGUUUGAUUUGGCAAAAGCUUUUAUAUCACCAAAGCUAUGAAGCUUAAGCUCCAAUUCUUCCAACUACUGAUGGCACUUGGAGAGCCUGAGCAUUCAAGGAAGAAAAACAAAGAAGAAUCAUAUUAAGAGUAGUAUGAGAUUUUAGUUGUAAAAUAGUGUUCAGUACAUAAUAUUGAAGACAAUUUGGUGGGUUAACAUAGGUGGACAUGGCUAAUUGUUAGUGUUACAAAUGUAUAUGAAAUUCUAGGAAGACCUCCGGUGGACAGUGAGCAUAUGUUGAAUAGCGACUAGUUUCAUCGAAAAUGAACUCAGUGGCGAGGCAGGCAUGGAGGCUAUUGAGAGGGCCAAGUCAGAGUGGGAGCAUCAACUCAGUGAGUUGGGGAGGGAACCAUUAUCAGACUCAGCAAUGGAGGGGGAUCCGAGUGAAGGUUCGGGACGGUAACUUGGAGCAGGCACUAACGUGGAUGCAGAGGAAGAUGCAAUCGAGCGGUAUCGAACGGCUGAUCAAGAAGGAGCAGAGGCACCACAUCAAGAACUCCGAGAAGCGCAUCUUGGCUCGCAAGAACCUCGAGCGCAAGAUUCGAUCCCAGGACCUUGCUCGCAAGCUCAAAGCCAUUCUCGUCAAGAAAGUCAGGGGUCUAUGAGAAUAUCUGCAGAGCAGUUUCUUGGUAGAAAAAGAGUAUUCAUCAUAAGUAUGCUUUUAAUUUGCAGGCAUCUUGUUUUUGUUCUGGAACUUAGGGGUUAAUGCAGCAUUCUCUUCUGUACUCACUAUAACAAAUAUGAUUGGGUUGGCUUUUCUUUGAAGCUUUCAUAAAUUUCAUUCUCAUUUUGAGACUUGAUACUCCACAUGCAUUGAAUUGUUAAAUGGUAGAUAAACGGUUCACGAUUAUGAAA